UCGGGCCGGGGCUCCUCCCCGGCGGCGGCGGCGCGGGCUGCCCGGUGCGGGGCGGUGCGGGGCGGGAUGAGGCGCUGCUGCAAGGUGGCGGCGGCGCUGCUGAGCCUGGGCGCGCUGCUGCUGCUGCUCUACCUCGUCGUGGGCCAGGCGGACGAGCCGCCGCCGCCGCCGCUGCUGCUGCCGCCGGCCGGGGCGCGGGGCACGCCCGCCCGCAGGGAGCCGCGCCGCGGCCGCGGGAAGGGGCCGGGCGCCCGGAGACCUGGGGAACAGAAACACUUAAAAGAUCUUCCAUCUCUGCAAUGGAUGCAUCUGGCAGUUGUGGCAUGUGGCGACCGGCUGGAAGAGACCGUUACCAUGCUGAAAUCAGCAGUUCUCUUUAGCAACAGGAAGCUCCGGUUUCACGUCUUUGCUGAGGAUUCCCUUAAGCCAGAAUUUGAGAAGAAGUUCCAAGAAUGGCCUUCCUCAUACACCAAGAAGUUUGAAUACAACAUCUAUCCAAUCACUUUUUCAGUAGGAAAUGCUCAGGAAUGGAAAAAAUUAUUCAAACCAUGUGCUGCCCAGCGCCUCUUUCUCCCGGUCAUUUUAAAGGAUGUGGAUUCUCUUCUCUACGUGGACACUGAUGUUCUCUUCUUGAGGCCUAUCGAUGACAUCUGGCGCUUUCUCAAAGAGUUCAACUCCACACAGCUGGCUGCCAUGGCCCCAGAACACGAAAUACCAAAGAUAGGCUGGUACAGUCGAUUUGCUCGUCACCCUUACUACGGAACAACUGGUGUCAAUUCUGGAGUCAUGUUGAUGAAUUUAACUCGGAUAAGAAACACGCAGUUCAAGAACAGCAUGAUACCAACUGGCUUGACAUGGGAGGAAAUGUUGUACCCUUUAUACCAAAAAUACAAAAAUUACAUUACAUGGGGAGACCAGGACCUACUAAAUAUUAUUUUUUACUUUAACCCAGAGUAUCUUUACGUGUUUCCUUGUCAGUGGAACUACCGGCCAGAUCACUGUAUGUAUGGGAGUAACUGUAAAGGAGCCGAAACAGACGGCAUCUCUAUUCUGCAUGGAAAUAGAGGCGUCUACCAUGAUGACAAGCAGCCUACAUUCAAGGCAAUAUAUGAAGUGAUACGUGAUUUUCCCUUUGAAGACAAUCUCUUCCAAUCCUUGUUCUACCCUCUUCAGUCUAAGUUUCUGGAUACUGUACACACUUUAUGUGGGCGAAUACCACAGGUUUUUUUGAAGCAGAUUGAGAAAACAAUGAGGAAAGUUUAUGAAAAUCGUGUUGUUGUCCACGUGGGGGCCAACCACAGGCUCUGAACAGAGAUAACUACAUUUAAUGUGGUGGUUUUCAUCUUUGUAUCCAAAUUACUUGAGGCAGAUCAAUUAAAGCAACACUAUCAGUUUAAAAUCCACAUUAUAAACAAACACUUGUUUCGCCCUGUUUGGCUAAUACCCGCACAGAUUAUUACUAUAGAAAGAGUUUUAACGAGUCUCUUUAAAUGGUCACUAUCUAGUUUCUUUUUUCACUUCCUGCAUUUCUCUCACCUUGAACUAGGUGACUUUCACUUCUGUUGUGUGUUUCACUUUUUUAGGUUUGCUGUGGUUUAAACACUUUGGAGGAAUGCUUAUUUGUUUAAACACAGCCAUUUUCACUGCAGAUCUCUUUCAGUCUGGGAGCAUCUUUAUUCAUUUCAGAUUGUAUCACUUUUCUCCCCUCAACAUUGUAAUAUUGGGCUAGAUUUCUUUUGAUGGUGUCACUUCAAGGUAUUUGCCACUCAGGAGAUAUAAAACUUAAAAGAGAGAGGAACACACAUUCUCUGGUGUCAUGAACAUGUUCAGUGACAAGCUCUCAGGCAAUCAUGACAGGCUUAGUUAAAAGUGACCGCAGUAACUGGAAAACAUCUACUUAAAAACUGUAUUUCUGUUUGAAGGUGUUCACCUACUUUUGCUGCAGGAGGCACCUGAGCUGAAAGAGACUGGAGUAAAGACGUGUCUCCAGGUGUUUACUCUCUGCAUUUACAGCAUUUUCCGUCUAGGCAGUGCCACUGUUUCCCUGUCUUGUCUGUAAGGGCCUUUCACAUGGGAAGAGAGGUGACAGCUGUUAAAGCAAGUAAGAAAACGUGCAGUAAACAGGAACAGGAAUUUAGAGGUAGAUACAGUGCCUGGAACUGGUGUUAAGUUACUUGAUGAAAGUGACUGGAAUUCAACCGUCUGCUUUGAAUUCCCAUUUGUGUGGGUUUGGGCCUUUUUUCAUCAGUCUUAAGAAAGAAAUGCAUGACCUCUCCUGCCUAUUAAUCACUUUAAAAGCAGUCAAAGAACACUGAAUGAACUAUACAAAAACAGGUACAAUUGAUCUGCUUUCUUCAAACCCCUUUCUAUUGCUAUUUACUGCACAGGAAUAAUUCUGUUCCAUUGAGAGCUCCCUCUCCAGUCUACCUUACUGAGACUGCUGCCUCUGACUGCCUUUUUGUUAUGCCAAAAAUCCUCCUCUUCUGGGACAUAAAGAUAUAUCUUUUGCUUGGCACUUUCAUUCCUGGAAGUUCAGUGUGUGUGCCAGGAUUCUGACUAAUAGCCUUAAAGUAAAAUGGGAUACAAGAUGGCUUUGUUUAUUUUAUUUAAAAUAUUUAAUUUAGAUUAGAUGUCAAAAGCAUAUUCAUGUUGUAAUUAGUUACAGACUGGAGGUUGCAGACAGUAUUGCACAUACAGGACCUUAUUGAAACUUGCAGUAGUCAAAAGGUGCUUGGGAGAUGUUUUGGGAACAAGGAGCUAAUAAACCUUUAAGGGAACAUAGUGCAACAACCAGCUUGGAAGACAUUUCCUAAGUGAAAACCUUGGGAGUCACGUGCAGCAAAAAUGUUCUAUGGUCACCUGAAGCUAUUUGCUUUGUAUCGAGUAUGUGAAGAGUCCAGGAGAGGUUUUCUGAAAUGAAAGAGAAAAUCACUAAAGAUUGCAUAUAAAAUAUAUGUCAUGCCAGUGGUUUUCUAGACUUUUAUAAUUAUCAUUCAUGGCUGAUAAGUGGUAUGGGCACGAGCUGUUUCUUAGAGUACAGAAGUUCAAACAGACUGCAGCAUUGGCACGACCACUCUUAUCACUCAUGAUGAUGCACGGUUUCAUAAGGGAAGACAUACCAACAGAAAAUCCUUUUAGUUGGCAGCAGAGGUGACCCCUCUCCUCUCGCAACAUCAGGCUUGCUGCCUCCCACCACGUGAUAAGACUGUUGAGACAACACCUGGCUAGUGAGGAAAAGGAAAACAUGAUGCUUAUUGGCAGUUAAGUUUGCCAAACAGAUUGGUUGUACAUAACAGUAAGUGCCUACCCAGGAACAUUUUUUGAAUAUAUAGAGUGUGAAUGCACUGGUGACAUACCGCACAUUGGACAGUGUCACUAGGAAAGCAUCCAAGUGGAGUAAGAUCGGUUGUAGAAGCCCAGAACAACAAGUAGAAAGUCUUGGGCCUCUUGAAGACAGUGGUUUCAUCACAGGUCUUUGCUAGGUCUAAGAAUUUCAACAGAUAGUUGCUGUUUUGCACUCUUGUUUGCUAAGGGGCUAAUAAACCUACAACAGUUUGCACUUGUUUCUCAUGUUAACAUAUACUCUUUGCUCUGUAAGAGUUCAGAAUUGACCAGAAAAGGGCUGAGGUUUUCUUGCAGUUAUCCUGAUCCGAAGCCCAGAAAUACCUCUUACGCAGGGACCAGAAAAGCAUUUAAACUGAAGUGGGACAGUGUUACCAUCUCUCAUUUUUACCGAGUCUUGCACUAUUUGGUGUUUCUCUUUUUUUUGUUAGAAUUUCAGUUGCCCUUUAAAGUUCAAGCUGUUAUGGUUAUGGAGAAAAACUUGCAAAGUUGAUUUAGAUGCACUCUAAGUUUUCAGAGAGAAGGCAAACAAAAGGAAUCUGCAACGUAUUUUUAAAGUUUCAUGACUUCAAAAUUAUCUCAUGAUUUCUUGGGGUCUGAUUAAGACUUAAACAUUUGGUGUUGGCUAAAUUAAGAGCUUAACUAUUAGAUAAUUUUUAUUUCUUAAAUCAGGAUAAGAAUGAGAGUUGAUUGGUCAGGUUAAAUUAAGAUUAGGUGUUCUGGGCAUUUUGAAAAAUUGCUCAUCUCUUUAGUACCUACAAGCCACAAAAGUUUGCACAGCAAAACCCUCCUUACCCAGGAACUUAUAACUGCGUUUUAGAAAGUCAAGUCAUUUGGCAUAUAAUAUUUAUAAUUCCUAACUCUCAGAAUUUAGUAGGUUAUGAUUCUAUGCAUUAAGAUUUAAUAGAACCUGAAACUGUGAGUAGAUUAUAAUGAAGGAAUUAAACAAAAGACUGGAGGUCUUCAUAAAAUAAAGGCAUUAUUACUUAGGAAAUCAUGGGGGAUUUAAACUGUGUUUGAUAUGUUUACAGUAGGUGCUAUAUUUUUUAUAAUGAACAAUAUUACAUUAUUGACAACUAAGAAACCUAUAUGAAGUAUGUUUUUUUUAACAUGAAAAUAUCUGUGUGUGAUGUAAAAUACGGGGAAAAAAUUGUGAGGAGUGUUGUAUUGUGUUUUUUUUUCUGGAAAAAAAAGUUUUAACUGAGCUGUAAUUUGAAAACUCCAAAUCCUUUUUAAAAACAAUUAUCUAAACUAUUUCAUUGUCCAAUAAGAAUUAUUAAUGUAUGUGUUAUUACUGCAUCCAAAAAUACAUUAUGUCUUGUUUAACAGUAGUUGGUUAUAAUAUUACGCUUGUUUAGAAACAAUCUAUACUUAAUAAUCAUUUCUUAUUACCUGUAAAUUAACUUUCAUUUAUUUUAAUCAUGGAAAUAUGUAAAUACUUAUAUAGGAUUUAUAUCUUUUUUCCCUCUUCUUAUGUAUUACAUUACUGCAUUGGUAAUUACAAAAGUAAUGGAACCUGAACACUAUUGUUCAUAUACCAGACUGAAAAAUAACAUGAAAAAGAACAAUGUGUUCUCAUAUUUAUUGGCAUGCCGCAAGCCCUCCCCCCCCCCCCCCCCAAAAUAAGACACACUCCAUGUUUUGGGAAGACAAAAUUAAGACCUUUUUUUCCCCUUUAAACUGUUCAGAAUCAGCUUCCUCAUUUUGAUUGCUAAUUUUUGGGUAAAUGGUGAGUAUGGUAUGUGCAUAAAUAAGGUAUGUCUGUAAGAGUAAAUGGAAUUUUUUUUUUUGUAAAUGAAUAUAAAUUAAUCUUUUAGCACAUUAACCAUGUUAGUUAUACAAAUUCACCCUUUGGAGUCAGAACCAGGCAGUGUGGACCAUUCUAAAGAACUGUGCCCUUGUUGUUUAAAUACUGACCCAGAUCCUGCACAGUGACUCGUGUGCUUAACCUUACAUACAUGAAUGGACCAUUACAAUCAGUAGGUUCACCCCAGUGUGUAACGUUAAGUGUGUGUAUGAGUCUUUGAAGGGUUAGGGCCAAAUAUCCAUGUUUUAAACUGGUUCUGCUAUACUUGAACUCGCUAAAGUUAGACAAGGGUCUAAUACUGACUGCUGCUGAGCACUUCCAUUUAGUCCUAUUUAAGCCAUAAGGAAGUGUCAGAAUACAAAUGCACAUUGUUCAGCAAGAGAAGCAUUCAACCUUUUGGCUAAGAUCAAGUGUAGUAGGUUGUAUCAUUUUAUAUGAGGGCUUUUUGAGGCUAUCUGGCUGCACAUGGUUAAGUGAGCUAGAUAGCUGUACUAUCCUUUUUAUUCUUUACAGAUAGAAACUGGAAACUUUUAGUGUGAUGUGUGUGCAUGCCAGAGUGAGCAUGUGUGAAGAGCUAUGACCUAUUUCUGUGACAUUUCUGUAUCAUUUAAAUUGCUUCUAUAUUUUUAUUUGAUAAGUGCACCAAUUAUGUAUAGCUCCCAAGGAGGCAUAACAGUGCAUUUCUAUGUUGAUUAUGAUUCUUCAGCUUGCAACAUAAAUAAAUGAACUUUUAAGCAAA